CGCAGCCUCAAGGCUGAGAUUCAAGCUCCAAAGCUGUCGCAUCAUCACUGCUUCCCCUCCUUCGCAAUCAAAACACAUCGACACAUUGCGCGCCCAUCCAAACAUCAUGGAUCCUCCUCCCGCAGAUGCAACCACUUCCACAAACCAAGAAAGUCACGAUGGCGGCCCAUCCAGAAGUCAGAGCUCCUCUCAGCAAUCCGAUGGUUCCCAGACAGUCGCAGAGUAUGUUUCUUCCGUCGCGUUUACUUUGCGCUUCCUGAAAUUGUAAUUCCAUUUGUACAACACAACAGUGUGCUGAUGGGUUUAUAGAUUCAUUGACAGCCAAAUCCAAUUAGAGGCUGAUGCGCGCAAAGCUCUUCCAUAUGUAAGACAUUCACCUCCAGAGUUCCUUAUGCUACCUUGCUAAUCGCGUUCUCAGAAAUUCGACAACUGCACCCAACCAUUAGGUAAACUCCGUCAAGUCCUCUUCUCCUGUUUGACCUGCAACCCUCCGCCAACCGAUCCUUCCACUCCAUACAAGCCAGCUGGUGUAUGUUAUUCAUGCUCAAUACAAUGCCAUGGCGACCAUACAUUGGUGGAACUAUUCAAUAAGAGAGAUUUUGUUUGCGAUUGUGGAACCACGCGUUUGCCGUUGACUUCGCCAUGUACAUUGCGUGUGAACCCAGAGACCAACACAAAGGGAGGGGUUCAUUCUCAAGCGCCUGAUCCGAACAAUAAAUACAACCAGAACUUUCAAAACAAAUUCUGCGGAUGCGAAUGCGACUACGACGCGGACUCUCAGAAGGGCACAAUGUUUCAAUGCUUGGGAUUGGGUACGGCCGAGGAAGGAGGGUGUGGAGAAGACUGGUGGCACCCUGGAUGCAUUGUUGGUGUUGGGCCCGAUUGGUACGAGGUGUCAGGUCGCAGUGCUACUGCUCUUAAGAAACCAAAGGCUGAUGGAGGUUUGGAGUCAAUUGCUGAGGUGGCAGAAGCAGUUGUUGAGGAUCAAGUUAUCGAAGUAGCUCAGAAUGGGGCUGCAGGAACCUCAGCGACUGCACCAGAUGAGGAUGCCGACGAUGACGACCAGCCACUACCUCCCGGAUUCCCAGAAGAAGACGAUUUCGAAGGUUUUAUUUGUUACAAAUGCGUCGAGGCAUACCCUUGGAUCAAACGAUAUACCGGAGCACCCGGCUUCCUAGCACCUGUUUUCAAGAGAAGCACAGCACCUUCGCCUGAACGAGGCUUACUUGCCAAAACCGAGGAAGCCAUUGCGUCGAACACCCUUACUACGAAGAAACGAAAGGCCGAUGACGACGAGGAAUCAGUUGCUUCAUCAGCAUCAAAAAGAGUGAAGGAAUUGACCCCAGAUGUCGCUUCCGCCGCCAACGAAGCCGCUGCAUUGGCAAAUAACUCGAUUUCUGUCGCUGAGCCUGUAGUUUCCACGAUGGACGAAGUGGUGUGCAAAGUCAAAGCACUCUCCGCGCCAAACGGUCAAGUCUCACUCUUCUUCAAAUCUGAUUUCCGAGAUCAUCUCUGCCACUGCACAGACUGCUUCCCCGAACUGAAGAAACACACCCAACUACUUGAAGAGGAGGAGAUCUACGAACCAGAGAUGUCAGAAGACGAAGCCGAUGGUGGCGGCAGCACUGUCGGAAGCGGAAGUAUCUACGAACGUGGUGAAAGCGCACUUAAGAACGUGGAUCGUGUCCGGGCCAUUGAAGGUGUCAUGGCUUACAACCAUUUGAAAGACAAACUUACACCUUUCUUCCAACAGUUCGCGGAAAGUGGGAAGGCUAUUAGUGCUGAGGAUAUCAAGGCCCAUUUCGCAAAGAUGAGAGGUGAUGCUGAGGCUAUGAAGGAGGCGAAUGCCGGGGCGAAGGACUCGGUUAAUAAUAGGCAGGAACAGAGUGGAUAUUAGGACGGGCACGGGAUUUGGCAAUUUGUAUGUGUAGGAUAUUGAUGGACGGAGUUUGACGGUUAGAAAUGGGCGGAGAUAUCACUAUAGAUAUUGAGAUGGACAUAGGUAUAAUUUGAGACUCCCUCUGGUUGAGGGACUGAUGCAAAUGGGUUAGUCAAUUGUUUCCCUCUGAUAUGGCGGAUGGGUGAUGAUUCUACUUCAAAAGUUGUAGAGUAGGUAUGAAGUAAU